GUGGAGGCCGGAGCCUGGGACACCGCUUGGGGGGAGAGGAGCGGAGUCGGCCCGAGCCCCCGCCCCGCAGAACGCCGCCGCCCCGGAGCCACGUUGGAGGCCCUUCCCCACCAAGUGCCUCUCCUCGAAGCACCGGCCCCUGCCUCACGCUCCCAGGGACCACGACAGCCAGCCGCACAGGCCAUGGCGGGUCGGGGAGGCACAGCUCGCCCCAACGGACCGGCCACGGGGAACAAGAUCUGCCAGUUCAAGCUCGUCCUACUGGGGGAGUCAGCGGUGGGCAAGUCCAGCCUUGUGCUCCGCUUUGUCAAGGGCCAGUUCCACGAGUACCAGGAGAGCACCAUCGGAGCGGCCUUCCUCACACAGACGGUCUGCCUGGACGACACGACGGUUAAGUUUGAGAUCUGGGACACAGCUGGCCAGGAGCGGUACCACAGCCUGGCACCCAUGUACUACCGGGGCGCCCAAGCAGCCAUCGUGGUCUACGACAUCACCAACACGGACACCUUCGCGCGGGCCAAGAACUGGGUGAAGGAGCUGCAGCGGCAGGCGAGCCCCAACAUCGUCAUUGCCCUGGCAGGGAACAAGGCCGACCUGGCCAGCAAGCGGGCUGUGGAGUUCCAGGAAGCACAAGCCUAUGCCGAGGACAACAGCCUGCUGUUCAUGGAGACAUCUGCCAAGACCGCCAUGAACGUGAACGAGAUUUUCAUGGCUAUCGCAAAAAAGCUGCCUAAGAAUGAGCCCCAGAACGCAGCAGGCGCGCCGGGCCGGAGCCGAGGCGUGGACCUGCAGGAGAGCAGCCCAGCCAGCCGGGGCCAGUGCUGCAGCAACUGAGCCCCCGCCAGCACCAGACCCCAGCCACGACCACCAGAGUCCACGCUGGCCAGCCGCACCUAACGCCGCCUUGGGCUGCGGGGCUGGAGGCUCGUGGUUUCUCUGUCUGACUCUGACCCUGGGCUGGGGAAUUGUUCCACCUGCACCUUCUGUACAAAUACUAAUUCGAUUUUAAGUCUUAAGUCACUUUUUUAAUAUAUAUGGUCUCUGCUCUUCCCACUGCCCCUUCCUGCUGCUCUGCUGCUGGUCCUUUGCAGGAAUAGCCCAUGCUCCUGUGCCCGCCUCGUCCACGGACAGCGGGAACAGCGACACCUCUGUAUCUUCUUGCUGGAAGGCAGAUUCGGAGCACCCAGGCCUCACUUUGUCAGGAGUGGCCCUACCCAGGACAGUGGGCCAGCCCUGGGCCGUGGAAGGGAUCCAGCCCCUGGGCCCGGCCAGCUGGGGGCAGGAGGGGACCACGGCAUUACUGCAGUGUCCUUGUGACAGCCACACCCAUGGCCCAGACGUCCCCCUCGGUCACUCUGGCCUCUGCUCUGAGCUCUGUUCUGACCAAAUCACGAUGAGUAUUGGGGGUAGGGGACACAGCAGGGAUGGAACCAACUUUUCUGUGUUUUGUAUUGUAUGUUUCUUCACAUGUAACCAAUCAGUAUCUUGUCAAUAUAGUCAGCCGGUCCAUGGACCUCA